UUCCCUAAGAAACACGCACGCACUCUCUCAGCUGCUGAAGCCUGAAAGUUAGCGACUCUCUCUCCUCUCUCUUACAAAGAUAAGUGCUUUCUCUCAACUGAAGAAAUUUUGGUUCUCCGAUCAGAGACCUCCGCCGCGUCCUCUCUCUCUCUCUCUUCCUCUCAGAGAACAUUGUAAUCCAGAGGAAGCAUAAGGGAGACAAAUUCAGGAAAUUGAAGGAAAGGUGAUUUGGGGACAUUUUGGGCACGAGAAUAUAAAUUGGUAACGAUGCCUGCACAGAAGAUCGAAACGGGUCACCAGGACACUGUCCACGAUGUAGCCAUGGAUUACUACGGAAAGCGGCUAGCAACAGCUUCGUCUGAUGCCACCAUUAAGAUAAUUGGUGUUGGAAACGCUUCACAGCACCUAGCUACACUGUCAGCUCAUAGCGGCCCGGUUUGGGAGGUAGCUUGGGCGCAUCCCAAGUUCGGGUCAAUCCUUGCUUCCUGUUCUUACGAUGGUCAGGUGAUCAUCUGGAAGGAGGGCAAUCCGAAUGAGUGGCAACAGGCUCAUGUGUUUAAUGACCACAAGUCGUCAGUAAAUUCCAUUUCUUGGGCACCUCAUGAACUUGGUCUAAUCUUAGCUUGCGGUUCUUCUGAUGGGAAUAUAUCGGUUUUCACUGCCAGGGCCGAUGGUGGUUGGGACACCACGAAGAUAGAUCAAGCCCACCCUGUUGGAGUAACCUCAGUUUCAUGGGCCCCAGCAAUGGCUCCUGGUGCUCUAGUAGGAUCUGGACUGCUUGAUCCCGUUCAUAAGCUGGCAUCUGGUGGGUGUGAUAAUACUGUGAAGGUGUGGAAGCUGUACAAUGGGAUUUGGAAGAUGGAUUGCUUUCCGGCCCUUCAAAUGCACAGUGAUUGGGUGAGAGAUGUAGCCUGGGCACCCAACUUGGGACUCCCAAAGUCCACAAUCGCAAGUGCUUCACAGGAUGGAACAGUGGUGAUUUGGACUGUGGCUAAGGAAGGCGAGCAAUGGGAGGGGAAGGUUUUGAAGGAUUUCAAGACCCCGGUCUGGAGGGUGUCAUGGUCACUAACUGGAAAUUUGCUGGCGGUAGCUGAUGGGAAUAACAAUGUAACAUUGUGGAAAGAAUCUGUCGAUGGCGAGUGGCAACAAGUAAGCACAGUCGAGCCAUAGGUUUUGUGAUCACCACUACUUCCAAUUACUGUCUUAACGGUAUUCUUCAUGAACUAGAGUGAUAGCGUCUUAGAACAGAAUUAUCUCGGUUUUAUUUUCAAUACUUUGCCUGUAACAGUUAGUGCUUUAUCGAAUUGGUUCUUUGCUUAUUGUGGGAUGAAGAUUCAGGUUUCGUGUUGUAAUCAGUUGGAGUUGUUCGAUCGUAUGUGUUUUCA